AUGCCAUUGUCGUUCGUCUCUGGCACACCCACACUACCUCUGUCCCUUCAGUUUCGGAUGACAACCCCUGAUCCCGCAACUGUCACGGACGCAAUGCCGGGCUUGACGUUUGCCAAAGAGCUUGAUCAGGAGGUUGUUCCAGAAUGGCGCCUCAAGUAUCUGAACUACAAGGCCGGUAAGAAGCAUGUCAAGGCCGUCACCCGCGCUAUCAACCGCGCAAAUGCCACCCCGGUCCUGACGAGACGCGCUGAUCGUCCGCCGGCCACGACGCCGGCCGCCUUCUUUGGCAUCCGUCAUAACUUUACGCCUCGUAGCAGAAAUGAUGGUCCUCUGAGCCCUCGCCUGGUUGAUGAGCCUGGUGCUGCUCGAUCCGGAUCCGCGGCUACCAAACCCGGGAAGAGACGCGUUUCCGGCGAUGAGAGGUCCGGCCUCGCCCGGAGCCCGGGCAGCGGCAUACAGUAUGGCAGCUUCGGGCCCUCGCCGUCGCACACCAGCGACAGACACGACUUUGCGCUACCCGCCCCGGCAAUCCGAGUCCCUUCGGUUACCGGCGCCCUCCAACGCAGCGCUUCCAUGAUGGAUGCAGGGCGUCCCGAGCAGCGCACCCCGUCGUUGUUAACCCUCCCUUCUGGCGGGAUGGGCACGACGCCUCGUCUGCGAGUACCCCGGUUGUGUUCAACGCCUUCGCUAAUGGCCCGGCAAACGCCAAACAAAUACGAGAUCGGCCUGCAAAACCUGGAUUACGUCCGCUCCGCCGAGCGCGACUUCUUCGCCUUCCUGGACAGCGAGCUGGACAAGAUCGAGACCUUCUACAAGGAGAAGGAGAAACAAGCCACGGAGCGUCUGGCCGCUCUUCGAGAGCAGCUACACGAGAUGCGCAAUCGACGUUCCGCCGAGAUUUCCGAGGCCAAGAGGAAACGAGAGCAUGGGCGCAGCCGCAGCCGCAGCGAGGAUGAGGUCGAGGGACGGAGCAAGGAUAGCAAUCGAGACUGGAUCAGUCCAAUCAAGGACAGGUUCAUCAAGCCAGGGCCCAACUCGAAAGCUCUCCAGAAGAUGACGCGGACCCCGGUCAUGACUGGCCAGGCCAUGGAGCAAGAACGCGACUAUGUGCGCCGGCUUCAUGAGGACGACGUGCCGUACCGGACGGCGAAGCGGAAGCUCAAGCUAGCGUUGCAAGAGUUCUACCGUAGCCUCGAACUACUCAAAUCAUACGCCCUGCUGAACCGGACCGCGUUUCGCAAGCUCAAUAAGAAGUAUGACAAGGCCGUCAAUGCCCACCCGCCAUACCGAUACAUGAACGAGAAGGUGAACAAGUCGUGGUUUGUCAACAGCGACAUCCUGGACGGACACAUACGCACCGUUGAAGAUAUUUACGCGAGGUACUUUGAGAGGGGCAACCACAAGAUCGCAGCCGGGAAGCUCCGGGCCCUGCACAAGCGGUCGGGUGACUCGUCCGACAGUGCGUUUCGCAGCGGCUUGCUGAUUGGCAUUGGCGCUGUCUUCGCCGUUCAGGGACUCAUCUACGGUACGAGGAUCCUCGUCAACGACGAGGACGACAACCUGGCCCAGCAGACAAGUUAUCUGCUACAGCUGUAUGGAGGGUAUUUCCUCGCGCUCCUCCUCUUCGCCAUGUUUACGCUUGAUUGCCGGAUGUGGACCAAGAACAAGGUGAACUAUCCGUUCAUCUUCGAGUUCGAUGCGAGGAAUUUCUUGGACUGGAAGCAGCUGGCCGAGUUCCCCAGCUUUUUCUUCGCCUUGUUCGGGGUGUUUAUCUGGCUCAACUUUUCUAGGCUUGGGAACUGGGAGGAGAUGUACCUCUACUAUCCCGUCAUCCUGAUCUGCAUGACUCUCGUCGUUCUGUUUCUUCCAGCGCCGGUUCUGCAACACAAGGCCAGGAGGUGGUUUUUGUACUCUCAUUUGACCGUCUGGGACCUCUUCAUGGAUUUCUCACUCCUGCAGGCCAAGGCCCGCCAGAAGCUGCUCCGCGACAUCACGGCCCUGCGCCCUGUCUGGAUCUACUACCUCAUCAUGGCCGUCGACCCGAUCCUGCGCUUCUCGUGGAUCUUCUACCCCAUCUUCACCCACGACACCCAGCACAGCACCCUCGUCUCCUUCCUCGUCGCCUUCGCCGAGGUCAUCCGCCGCGGCAUGUGGACCCUCCUCCGCGUCGAGAACGAGCACUGCGCCAACGUCGCUCAGUACAAAGCCGCGCGCGAUACGCCCCUGCCGUACCAUCUCGAGCAGUUUGUCCAGCGCCCGAGCCUCGAAGUGGAAACGGCAGCAGCAGCCGCCACCGCCGCUGCCGCCGCGGUUGCCACGGUCGUUGACGGUGGCGGCACUGGUACAACCGCGCCCUCGACCGUAUCGGGCGUGCCGACGCCGAGACCCGCUGCCCCCCCGGCAACACCGGGACCGGGACCCGGACCCGGAUUGGCACCGAUGCACCCCACCCCACGGACUCAGGCGGACGUGGAAAGGACUCCGUCUUUCUACUUUACCGAGUCGGCAGCAGCAGCGGCAGCGGCUGCGGGAACGACAACAGCUACGGCAUUGGAAGACGGCGACGGAAGCGGGCCGGGCACGCUCAGACGGCGCAUGACCGAUACACUGGGCACCGGCAGACGGUCCAUCAGGCAGGCCAUGGCGGAGGCGCAUAAGCAGGAUUUCGAGAAAAAGAGGGUGCCGGCCGGGGAGGCGAGGGCGGGGGAGAGGAGUCUUGUCGGGGAUGAGGAGGAUGAGGAGGAUGAAGAGAUGGAGGAGGAGGACGAAGAGGAGGAGUUGAAGAACGAAGGGGGGGACGAGGAGGGGGACGAGGAGGAGCGCCAGUUGGGGAUGGGGCGCGGGAGUCAGAGAGCCGAAGCGGAGAGGGGUUUGCAAGAUGGGAUGGGCUCUGUGCGCGGAGGAUAG